UUCCUUACUCAGACUUUUGACUCUCUGUAAUCAAAUCUAUCUAUCCUAUACCCUCUCUCUUUCAUCAUGUCUGAAUCAUCAUAGUUUCUUCUUCUUCUCCUUUACCUCUAAUGGCACCAUACCUCAUAUCCUAAAAACAUAAACUCAUCAUUCACCCAUCUUUCCAUUCCUUUUCUCUCUUCCUAUCACAUCCACAAAAAUGAAACCCUUGUAUAGCACAAACACUCUCUUACUCCUCCUUUCACUAUUCCUCCUCCACUUAGCACCAUACCUUUCUGCUUCAUCUUCUCAAAGAGACCCAACUUCACAACUUCUCAACUUUAAACAAUCUCUCCCAAACCCAUCUCUUCUCCAUAACUGGCUCCCAAAUAAUAACCCAUGUUCAUUCACUGGUAUCACCUGCAACCAAACCACCAUAACUUCUAUAGACCUCACCUCAAUCCCUCUCAACACCAACCUCACCACCAUCACAACCUAUCUCCUCACCCUCCCUCACCUCCAAAUCCUCACCCUCAAAUCCACUAACAUCACAUCCUCACCACCCAUUCCUCUCACCCACACCAAGUGCACCACCACCCUCACCACACUAGAUCUAUCACUAAACACACUCUCUUCAUCUUUCUCAGACCUCUCCUUCCUCUCCACAUGCUUAAGCCUCAAGUCCCUCAACCUCUCCAACAACGACCUCCAAUUCGAUUCUCCUAAAUGGGGUCUUGCUUCAUCUCUUAAAUCUCUCGACCUCUCUGAAAACAAAAUCAACGGUCCAAAUUUCUUCCACUGGAUCCUCAACCAUGAUUUAGAGCUUUUAUCUCUCAGAGGUAACAAAAUCACCGGUGAAAUCGACUUCUCCGGCUACAACAAUCUCCGUCACUUAGACAUAUCUUCCAACAAUUUCUCUGUUUCAAUUCCAUCCUUUGGUGAAUGUUCAUCUCUACAGUACCUCGAUAUUUCAGCAAACAAGUACUUCGGUGACAUUUCAAGAACACUAUCACCUUGUAAGAAUCUUCUUCAUCUCAACGUUUCUGGUAACCAGUUCACCGGUCCGGUACCUGAACUUCCCUCCGGUUCGUUGAAGUUUCUUUAUCUUGCUGCAAAUCACUUCUUCGGAAAAAUACCGGCGCGUUUAGCUGAGCUUUGUUCGACUCUCGUGGAGCUUGAUCUUUCAUCUAAUAAUCUCACCGGUGAUAUCCCACGCGAGUUUGGCGCGUGUACUUCGUUGACAUCGUUUGAUAUUUCGAGCAACACCUUCGCCGGUGAACUUCAGGUGGAGGUUUUAUCGGAGAUGAGUAGUUUGAAAGAGCUUUCGGUGGCGUUUAACGACUUUGUGGGCCCAGUUCCCGUGUCACUGUCGAAGAUAACGGGUUUGGAAUUGUUAGAUCUGAGUUCGAAUAACUUCACCGGAACGAUUCCGAAGUGGCUUUGUGAAGAAGAGUUUGGGAAUAAUUUGAAGGAACUUUACCUGCAAAAUAACGGUUUCACGGGUUUUAUUCCACCAACGCUAAGUAACUGUUCAAAUCUCGUUGCUCUUGAUUUGAGUUUCAAUUAUCUAACUGGAACCAUUCCUCCAAGUCUGGGUUCUCUUUCGAAGCUUCGUGAUUUAAUCAUGUGGUUGAAUCAGCUUCAUGGGGAAAUUCCUCAAGAGCUUGGAAAUAUGGAGAGUUUAGAGAAUUUGAUUCUUGAUUUCAAUGAGUUGAGUGGAGGUAUUCCAUCUGGGUUGGUGAAUUGCAGUAAGUUGAAUUGGAUCUCGUUGUCGAAUAACAGGCUUGGUGGUGAGAUUCCGGCAUGGAUUGGGAAGCUUUCGAAUUUGGCUAUUUUGAAGCUGAGUAAUAAUUCUUUCUCCGGUAGGGUUCCACCGGAGUUAGGAGAUUGCCCUAGCUUGUUAUGGUUGGAUCUGAAUACAAAUUUACUCACAGGAACAAUACCACCGGAGUUGUUCAAGCAGUCGGGGAAAGUCACGGUGAAUUUCAUUAACGGGAAGACGUAUGUUUACAUUAAGAAUGAUGGAAGUAGAGAGUGUCAUGGAGCUGGGAACUUGCUGGAGUUUGCAGGGAUUAGUCAGAAAAAAUUGAACAGAAUUUCAACGAAGAACCCUUGCAAUUUCACUAGGGUUUAUGGAGGUAAGCUUCAGCCAACGUUUACCACUAAUGGUUCAAUGAUCUUUUUGGAUAUUUCACACAACAUGUUGUCUGGUACUAUUCCUAAGGAAAUUGGUGAAAUGCACUAUCUCUAUAUUUUGCAUUUGAGUUAUAAUAACUUGUCUGGUAGCAUUCCUCAAGAGCUUGGUACGAUGAAGAAUCUCAACAUUCUUGAUCUUUCAUACAAUAUGCUACAAGGUCAAAUUCCACAAGCCUUGGCAGGGCUUUCCCUGCUCACUGAGAUUGACUUGUCCAACAAUUUUCUCUACGGGUUAAUUCCGGAAUCCGGUCAAUUUGACACUUUUCCGCCUGUUAAGUUUCUGAACAAUUCUGGUCUCUGCGGGGUUCCUCUUCCUCCGUGUGGGAAAGACACCGGUGCUAAUGCUGCACAACACCAGAAGUCUCAUAGGAGACAGGCAUCCCUUGUAGGGAGUGUGGCAAUGGGAUUGCUUUUCUCACUUUUCUGCGUUUUCGGUUUGAUCAUUAUUGCUAUUGAGACAAGAAAGAGGAGAAAGAAAAAGGAGGCUGCCAUUGAUGGCUACAUUGACAAUUCUCAUUCUGGUAAUGCCAAUAAUUCUGGCUGGAAGCUGACCAGUGCCCGCGAAGCUCUCAGCAUAAACCUUGCAACGUUUGAAAAGCCCCUCCGAAAGCUCACUUUCGCGGAUCUUCUAGAGGCAACCAAUGGCUUUCACAACGAUAGUCUCAUUGGUUCCGGUGGUUUCGGUGAUGUGUAUAAAGCUCAGCUGAAAGAUGGAAGUGUUGUGGCCAUCAAGAAACUAAUACAUGUAAGUGGACAAGGGGACAGGGAAUUCACAGCAGAGAUGGAAACCAUUGGCAAAAUCAAGCACAGAAACCUUGUUCCUCUUCUGGGAUACUGCAAGGUUGGAGAGGAAAGAUUGUUGGUCUAUGAGUACAUGAAAUAUGGAAGUCUAGAAGAUGUCCUGCAUGACCCAAAGAAAGCUGGGCUCAAGAUGAAUUGGUCAGUGAGGAGGAAGAUUGCAAUUGGAGCUGCAAGAGGAUUGGCUUUUCUUCACCAUAGUUGUAUCCCACACAUCAUUCAUAGAGACAUGAAAUCAAGCAAUGUGUUGCUUGAUGAAAAUUUGGAAGCAAGGGUCUCUGAUUUUGGAAUGGCUAGGAUGAUGAGUGCUAUGGAUACUCAUUUAAGUGUAAGCACUUUGGCAGGCACACCGGGUUAUGUUCCCCCAGAAUACUAUCAGAGCUUUAGAUGCUCCACUAAAGGUGAUGUUUAUAGUUAUGGAGUAGUUUUGUUGGAGUUGCUGACGGGGAGAAGACCGACGGACUCGGCUGAUUUUGGCGAUAACAAUCUUGUUGGAUGGGUUAAACAACAUGCCAAACUUAAAAUAAGUGAUGUUUUUGAUCCAGAGCUAAUGAAAGAAGACCCCAAUAUGGAGAUUGAGCUUUUGCAACAUUUAAAGGUAGCCUGUGCUUGUUUGGAUGAUAGACCUUGGCGGCGACCUACAAUGAUUCAAGUCAUGGCAAUGUUCAAGGAAAUACAAGCAGGUUCUGGGAUGGAUUCUCAAAGUACUAUAGCCACUGAAGAUGAAGGUUUCAACGCCGUUGAGAUGGUUGAAAUGAGCAUUAAAGAAGUCCCUGAAUUAACCAAGCAUUAGGGUGGCAAGAAAUUCCAGAAAAUUCUUCAAAAGAGAAAGACAAGAAAGGAGGAAGAAGGUGAUGCUUUUCAGCUUCCCAAAAGUUUUUUCUUUCUUCUUUGCCGCUUCUAAAAUAUUAUUUCAGAUAUUAUAAGAGGGAACGGUUUGAGGGGAUUUCCUUGCCUGGGUCUUUGAUCAAUGAUCAUGUAUGUAAUCUUGUUAUUUUUAUACAUAAAAGUUGUUUAACUUGUAUAUAAACAGCUUCAGUUGUUGUUGCCAAAAAACAGCUUCAGUUGUUACCUUCCAUUGUUUGUUAGAAUUUUUUAAAGUACUUUUCAAUAUCAUUCAGUUAUCAUCCUGAAAAGGUUCUACUGAA